AUGUCAGACGUAGAUUCUGGAGCAUCGCCUGAUUUGGAUAUAGACGAUCCAUGUGCCAUCUCGAAUGAUGAUUCCAGACGAGGAUUAAGAAUCGGCGCUAUAUUCAUCAUCUUGGUUACUUCCUUGCUGGGUACAUUGACUCCAAUCGUAUUUAGACAUACAGCAAAUGUACCUACACCAGUAUUCGACUUCGCAAAGUAUUUCGGUUCAGGUGUCAUCAUAGCUACCGCUUUCAUACAUCUCUUAGCACCUGCAUGGGACGAAUUGACUUCGGAAUGUUUAACUGGAGCUUGGACAGAUUAUGAUUGGGCACCAGCCAUUGCCAUGGCAGCAGUAUACGGUAUAUUCUUCGCUGAAGUAGCCGCAUAUAGAAUCGGAACGAGGAAAUUAGAGAAACUCGGUGUUAACUACAGCUCACACGCACAUGAUGACACGGAUGCUCAUGCUCAUACCCACGCUCACGAUCCUCCUCUUUCCGUCGAUACCACCGUCCCUGCUCCCCCUCACCACAUUCACCCAUCCGCAUCUAACAUCCAGGCCAAUGACGAUACAGAUCCUCAAUUACAAUCUGCUGCUGAGAAACAAGUCCGAAAAGCCGAUCUUGAGUCUAAUACAGAUAUCGAUACUGUCAACCAAUUGCCAAGUGCCGCUGAAGCUUCUGCUCAGCUGGUAGCUGUUGCCGUACUUGAAUUCGGUGUGGUGUUGCACAGUGUUAUCAUCGGUCUCACUCUCGGUGUAACUGAUGAAUUCGUUACUUUAUUCAUCGUCAUCAUCUUCCAUCAAAUGUUCGAAGGUUUAGGUCUGGGUUCUAGACUCGCUUCUCUCAACCUACCCAAAAAUCUAGGAUACACCCGAUGGGUCGCUGCUGCGUUCUACUCGAUCUGCACCCCUAUCGGUGUAGCUAUCGGUAUCGGUGCUCGACACAGUUACAACGGUAAUGGUGCAACUGCCAAUAUCGUUUCCGGUGUGUUGGAUGCUACUUCAGCUGGUAUCCUCUUGUACACAGGUUUAGUCGAAUUGAUGGCGCAUGAGAUAUUACUCAAUCCACGAAUGAUGAAAGCCAGAGAUCUGAAGUUGGCUUAUGUGUUCACUUGUAUGCUUUUGGGUUCCGGUCUUAUGGCUUUACUUGGUAGAUGGGCGUAA